AUGGGCGACUUCAACACCGAGGCAUUCACCUUGCUGGCCUUGUCCAUUGUUAUAAUCGGCCUCAGAACCACUGCAAGAUGGAUUAUGGUUGGCCCUAAAAAUUUCCAAGCUGAUGAUUACUUGAUGUUAGUUGCAUGCGUGGUCUAUGGACUUGAAACGGGCGCGGCUUACAUGGUCGGCGCAUGGUUCAUGGGUCUUGCAAAUAAUGCGAUGACAGAUGAGCAGCGAACGACUCUAUCCCCCGACUCGGAAGAAUAUCGUCUUCGUGUGGGUGGCUCAAAGGUUCAGGUGGCCGGUUGGUCCCUGUAUACGCUUCUAUUAUGGCUUCUCAAAACAUGCAUGGCCGUCUUCUAUUCUCGAUUGACUGCAGGGUUAAUAAAUAUGCGAGUGCGAAUCCAUAUCGCUUUCGGUUUUAUCGCGGCGACUUAUAUUGCUACAAUUUGCUCGAUUCUCUUCGGAUGUCAUCCAAUGCACAAGAACUGGCAAAUAAACCCCGACCCUGGAAAUUAUUGCCAGCCCGCAGUGUCAAAGAUCGACAUUUAUGUCACUGUUGUCUUGAAUGUCGUGACAGACAUCUAUCUGAUUAGCAUUCCAGCACCGGUAAUGGAUCUUUAUCUGUACCCAGCCUCGCCGAUAACUAACUGUAUUCCACAGAUGUUAUUCAAGGCGCGUUUAAAAUGGCGCGAGAAACUUGAGCUCGUCAUCCUUUUCAGCGGUGGUCUCUUCGUCAUGAUGGCCGGUAUACUGCGUUGCGUUCUCAUAGUGACAGCAGGUGCAAACGGUGCCCAGCAAGCCGGCAGCUGGGCAUGCCGCGAAACCUUCGUCGCAGUGGUCAUUGGAAACGUCCCAAUGAUCUACCCAAUGUUCCGGCGAGUUGCUCGGCGUGCCGGUCUCUACAUCACAUCAAGGAGUGGAUCUGAAAGCUAUCCCGCGUAUCCAUUAUCGGAUGAAAAUGUCGAUGGUGAAUACGGGAGGCGCAGACGCAAGUUCCACCACCCUUUAAGUCUUCCCGAAACACAUUGGAUCAAUACGGUCAGUGAUGAGCAGAUGAUUUUGCCUACGUCACGACAAGCCCCGCCAACUUGUACUGCGGGGGAUAGAGACUGGGAUACCAACAGUCAGGGUAGUCAGGGGAUUAAGGUUGUUCAUGAAACGAUUGUUCAUAGCGCAGAAAAGUCGCCCCGCCGAUAG